AUACCAUGAGUAAUCCAACUGGAGAUGAUUCUUGCCAAGAUGAAGAAGAGCGUGAAGGUGAGUUGCUCUGCUUCAGGAUUAAAGCCCCUUUGGAGGAUUUGUUCUCUGACAGUCACCUGGCAGAGGACGGCUUCCUGCUGAAACAUGUGCAGAAGAACAAGGAGGGCUACGUGAGUCUCAAGCUCCUCACUUGUUUGAAAAAGAUAAAGGCCCUGACCACAAACUGGCACAUGACUCUAGCAGCUGCAGAGUCCUCAGACCUGCUGGAAGUGAAUGCUGAGGGCACCAAAGUGAGGCGGAUAAAGCCGCUUCCCAAAUGGCUGCUGUGUUCCCCCACCAGCAGGCUCCUCCUCGCCUGGAACUUUUCUGAGGAGCAAAGCGGAGAAGACGGCGCAGCCCAAGACCAGAACCACCUUUCACUUUCAGAGAGGAUCCUCCACAAGUUUAGCACUCAUAGAGGUGUUACUUCAGUCUACAUCCUGCAUCCUGGCAAAGAGCUUCCUAAGGAGCUGCAGUGCUACGCCAAACGUCACAAAGAGCUUGGCCAACAUUUGUGUGCAGUCGUAAAGUUUGUUAAUUUCGAAACAAUUCGUAAGGCCUACAAUGUCCUGAAAGCAGAAGAGGAGAAGUCUAAUGGGAGGGGCAUGCGUGUGGUCCCUUUGGGAUUCCACUCAAUGCAUCAUAUCACCAAGGACAAAUCACCAGAAGAAAAAAGUGAGCACGACUCUGAGGACACACUGUCCCAGGAAAAUCCACUUGAAAACUCAGGGGACUCAGUCCAGGAGGAGCAACACUCUUCUCCAGUUAAGUUUUCGGACAAGACUCCAGACACAAAUCAUCCCCAAAGCACUUUGAACAAGUCCGUUGGAAGAACGUUUGAGCUGAUUUCUGCCAGCUGUAACAGCCGGUCCCUCUCUGGUUUGAAUGAGAGGGUCAGUACAAUGAGCUGGUGCUCUGGAGACUGUGAUAAAGAGAGUGUUCAGAGUCCCUGGGUGAUGAGGCGCAGAUUUGCAGCCAGCGCAUUAAAGCCCACGGCACCUGGACACCCAAACGCACCCAACUUGAUGCAAAGAAUUCUGCGUCAGCCUUUUGGCCCUGACGGCACCAAGGGUUUCCAGGGCAGAUCAAAGAAAGAAGAGAUCAAACUCUCACCUGGAUGGAGAAGAACCACCUGUGCUGAGUUACCGUGGCAGAUUUGUGGAGCAACAACAUAUUAUACACAAAAUUAA